AUGACCAUCCCGUGUACACAUCUCCUCACACCUAUACCUCAACAUCUUAUAGCACGACGACAACGACAAGUGCACGAUCGUCAGAACGCCCUCCCACCACCUCACAGACGUCAAGCACGACCAGUGCUCUCCGACCAUAUCUCCAACUAUCUCUUCAACCAGCUCUUCGACCACUUCUCCUACUACCACUUCGUCCUCGACUACUACCUCCACGGAAACCUCCACGACAACUACAGCUACGUUAACUACGCUGUCAACGUCCACAACCACAACCACCACCACGACUACCACGACGACGACAACGACAACGACGACCACAACCACUACAACGUCACCCACUACAACCACGACUACCUCGACAACCACCACCACCACGACAACAUCAGCACCGCCAGCCGUAUCAUCAGCCUGCUCGUCGGAGCAGUAUAA